UUAUCAAUCUAGUUAAUCACAUGCUCCUGUCAAUAGUCAAUUUAUUUUGGAUUAUAAAACUUUUCUAAAGUGCACACAAAUAUUGUUUGUUAUCAUUUAUUUAUAAUUUUUUUAAUAAUUCAGUGACAAAUUCUUAGUUAGUAAAAAUUUAAUAUAUAUAAAAUGUCAAAUGUACAUCGUGAAGCUUUCCAAAAACAAAUUCAACAAGAUUGGGCAAACAGAGAAUAUAUUGAAGUAAUCACGGGAAGCAUUAAAAAAAUAACUGAUUUUCUUAAUUCAUUUGAUAUGUCUUGUAGAUCACGAUUAGCAGUUCUAAAUGAAAAAUUAACAACAUUGGAGCGCAGAAUUGAAUAUCUUGAAGCAUGUGUGACUAAAGGCGAAACCUUGACAUGAAGGAUCUCUAAUUAUCUAUGAAAUUUUAUUUACAUGAUCCAUAAUCAUAUUUGUAUAUAUUUACAUACUUUAAACAUAGUAAAUGAAAUAAACUUGUCACCAGAUUUUUAGAA